CAUAGCAAGGCGGGCGUAACUCGGACACAUUUCUUACCGGCAUGCAUCUCGCGCUGAUCACCGGUUGUCGGUUCUGCGCAGAAUUUAGCCAUCAGAAAACGAUUCUAGUGUCAGAAUAGGGUUGUUGCUAGAAAGGAUACAGCUACGGCCGGAAAUGGUGCAAAAUCUGGGCAUAUAAUUACAAUAAAUUACAUUAGCUAACCCUUACAUCUACCCCAACACUAAACCUUACCUUAAAAUAAUAAAAAUAUGGACUAUUGUGACAAAAAAUAUGCUGUAUUAAAGUGCGCAUGCCCAGGGAAGUUAACUGUAUCCUUUCUAGUCAAAACCGUCAGAAUACCUAAGUAAAAACGAUCGCAACUUCCGGUUCAUGGGGACUUUAAGCUUAAAUAAUUUAAUUCCCAUUUUCCUAAAUUCAUUCUAACGGCCUUCGGAAAAGUUUUGAUAGCGCUUCAACGCGAUUGGCGGCCGCUCUUUUGACGUCCCAGCACGACACACACGGAAGACUCGGGAAUUUGCGGCAUUAAUCAAAAUAAUCAAAACUUACUCAUCCUAUUAAAAGUAAAAAAGAAAAGAAAGGAAAUUGAAGAAAAAGUGCUAACAAAUGUGAGAAAUGAACUUGAAAACAGUUAGAGUAGAUGAUCCACCGCUGGGGGCGCUAAAGCUUCAAGAUCAUGCAUUGGUAAUACUGCGAAGAAGACGAACGCGGAAGCUUUGAUAUAGUGACUGCGAUCCAUUUUCUAUCUAAUAUAUAUUAUUUUUGCAUCUGAUCUGAAAUGUGUGCUGGUUGUGUGCAGAAACAAUAUCCCGACAGGGGUAAUACAUGUCUGGAGAAUGGUUCAUAUCUUAUGAAUUUUCUUGGCUGUGCCAACUGUCACCAGAGAGAUUUUGUGCUGAUCAGUGAUAAGACUAUGGUGAAUGAAGACGAGGAGGAGAUUGUUACCUACCUGCAUAUGUGCAAGAACUGUGACCAUGUUAUAGCCAGACAUGAAUACACCUUUACUGUGGUGGAUGACUAUCAGGAAUACACAAUGUUGUGUAUGUUGUGUGGAAAAGCGGAGGAUUCCAUCAGCGUUCUGCCAGACGAUCCCAGACAAACAGCCCCCCUGUUCUAGAGUGUUUGAACUGAAGCUAAAACAGGGAAUUGCCUUCAUAGUAAAGAGCAUGUGAUGCAUGUUUUGAGGGACAUAUGCUUAGCACUGGAGAACAGCGUACGUGUUAUGUCUAACUCCGGGAGUAUAUAUUACAGAGUGCAUUGUUCUUUGCUUCAACUUGUUCCUAGUGGUAUCUAGGUACACCGUGUUUCUGAGGGAAGAUGAGCUUGAGAGGUCAUUCACAAAUAUUACAUUUAAUUAGAAUCCACUGUUUCUUAAGUAUGUGUUCAUCACAAGAUCAUCCAUUGUCAUGAUCUUUCUCUCGUUAACCUGAUUUGUGGAAACUGCCAGAUUAGGUCUGAGUGGGAUAGCAGAUUGUUACAAAGCAGAUUAACAUCCCCAUCUCAUCACUUUGUGGCACAAGAGAAAAUAGAUAAACAAAAAAUCAUAUUUGAAUUAGUCAGAUAACAUACUUAAAAUUGUGUGACUGAGAAUAAGCGCAUCAGAUUUUCCUGUUUUUAAUGAAAUGUACACGAAAGUACAUUGUAUUGUGUCCUGCUGUAUUUCUAUGCAACAAUAAAAUAAUUUUGUAUGGUUUUUCUAAAAAAAUGUGUUGCA